CGUCGUUUGUCAUAAAAGGGCAACUACUGACUAGUGACUACUGUCUACUUGUUGGAAAGGUAGCUAUAUCGUGCUGAGUUUCGUGUUCUUGUGUUAGACGCACAUAGGACCUAAACAAUAAAUAACUAUAUUGCAUAAAAUUGUUUGCAUAUUAUUUCUGCUUUGUGUAAGUUAUCAGUGAUCAAGGAAUUAUCAUGGCCAACCGCCAGCCCACAGUAGUCGGCGUACCCAAUUUUAACGCUGCUGAAGAUGCAGCUGCUUUGCGCGCCGCCAUGAAAGGCCUUGGCACUGAUGAACAGGCCAUUAUUGAUAUCCUGACCACCCGCUCCAACAUUCAGAGACAGGCUAUUUCAAAGGCUUUCACUCACGAGUAUGGAAGAGAUCUUAUUGAGGAUUUGAAAUCCGAGCUGGGCGGCCAUUUUGAAGAUGUUAUUGUGGCCCUCAUGCUGCCCCCAGCGGAGUAUCUGUGCAAGGAAUUGAAUCACUGUAUGGAGGGAAUGGGAACUGAUGAAAGUGUGCUCGUUGAGAUACUGUGCACACGCACCAAACCUGAAAUAGCUGAGAUCGUACAGGCAUAUGAGAGAUUGUACAACCGUCCCUUGGCUGAACACAUGUGCUCCGAGACAUCCGGAGACUUCCGUCGUCUUCUCACACUGAUUGUUACUAGCCACGCUCAGGGUGCCCGGGACGAGGAGACGGGCGUGGACCCCGCCCGGGCCGCGGAGGCCGCGCAGCAACUGUACGAGGCCGGCGAGGCCAAGUGGGGCACUGACGAGGAGAUCUUCAAUAAGAUCCUGGCGCACGAGAGCUUCGCCCAGCUGCAGUUGGUGUUCGAGGAGUACAAGAACAUCGCGGGGCGCACCAUCGAGCAGGCCAUCAAGGCGGAGGUCGACGGAGAGCUCAAGGACGCCCUGUCCGCCAUAGUGGAGUGUGUUCAGUGUUCAGCGAGUUGGUUCGCGGCGCGUCUGCGGGGAGCCAUGCAAGGGCUGGGGACGGACGACAGGACCCUCAUCAGGGUCGUGGUCAGCAGGUCCGAGGUCGACCUCGGCCGCAUCAAGGAGCAGUACGAGACAAUGUACGACAAGACGCUCGAGAGCGAGAUCAGGCAGGGGGAGACGUCCGGGGACUACAAGCGCGCGCUCCUGGCGCUGCUCGGACCUGCCUAGACCGGAUCGGCCCGGGGUGGACCGGAUCAGCACAGCCGCCGGCAGCAUACAGCAGCUUAAUUUUUGAAUCUCCGAUUGUAUUUUUAUUGUUUAUAUAGAUUAUACAUCGGCGUUGCGCUGUUUAUUAUAAAAUACAUAUUUUAAAUAUAUUCUAAUAGAUGCUUCUCGAUAGAUCUGUUAUUAAAGUGCCUUUUAAAGUGUUAUUUAUUAAAAAUUAUUUAUUGAUUGAAGUUGAAAUACAAUUAUUUUAUUAUAAGAUGUGAACGAAUCAUUCCACGUCUCACAGAAAGCCCCCGUGUGACUGAGCUUAUUUUUGUUUCGUAUUAAAUUUUUUCCCCAG